CUGAUAAAUCUUCCGUUCCGUGUCACAACAAGGAAGUAAACCUCAGUCACGUGACAACGCCAUAAAGACCACAUACGCCACCCUAGGCAGGAACUGGUUCGUGUUUGACAAUUCCCCAGCCACAGUGUUCGUCGGUGUUGUGUACAGGUGAAAUGGCGUCCCUGGACACACCUGUAAUGGAGGGUUACCUGGAAAAGCAGAGUAGUGGCGUGUCGCGCUUCCUGGGCAAGUCGCGGUUCUGGUGCACACUGCAGGGAGAGUGCCUGCAGUACUGUAAGGAAUCCAAGAGGUCGUCAGUGGUGGAGGCGCUGAUGUUGAAUGAGGCCCAGAUGGUGAGAAAGACCAGUGGAGCCAAACAGGGAACACAGUUUGAGAUUAUCACAAAGAAGCAAAGGACGCUGUUGUUUACGGCAGCAACAGCCACCGAGUGCAGCAACUGGGUGCGACAUCUCCAACAGGCUAUGAUUCACAAGGACAGGACGGCCUCCGGCAGAAGACGUGCUGCCCCUGAUGCCGGCUAUGAAGAGAUCGUCAUCGACGACGCCGCGGCUCCUUCCCUAGCGCCACCUGAACAAAAGACGGGUUACGGCAGCAACACGGCGUCUGCAAUGUACGCCGACGUCGCAGACUGCCUCGCACUUGGUGGCCCACCGGAAAGGGUGUUAUCUUCCUCGUCAAACAUGUAUGCUGAAGUCGCCGACUUUCUCCCAAGGACGACAGACGACGGGUCAGGACCUCCCAAAACCAACCCAGAUGUGUUUCGGGAGAAUUCUCUGUAUGUGAUCAACAAGGCUAAAGAAGCAAUGCAAGAAGAACGUCAGCAGACACCACCCAUUGACGCAGACGACACGGCCAUUGGUUACUCUACACUGGACAGUUACCAAGAUACGACGGUUAAAACACAGGAGACGAAGAACCCGCCCCAUGAAACUAAACCAGAUGCUUUGCCCGAAUAUGCGACUGUACAAAAAGUAAAGGGAAGUGGUCAAAUGAAUAUCACAGUGACAAAAUCUGUUCCCAUGGACGAGGAAUGGGCAGAGGGUGCUGCAAUUGAGAAUCUGGAUAAUGCACUUAAAAGGAUUCCUGUGGCGUCUGAUCUUCCCAUAUGGAACUGCUUGACGGCAGGCGACAGGAAACCUUUGGAUGAUCUCAAGGAAUUUUUGGCUAACAAUCGCGAACUUUGUCGCACAUCUUAUACGAGGCUUGACGACAACAUCGAUCCUGUGGCGAGACUUAAAGGACUUCUGCAAGAAAUUGGUUGACCUACUCUCUGACACAUUCCCGUUAGUUCUACACAUACAUAAAUGACAAAUGCCAUGUUGUACAUUUCAUUUCAAAUAAAAUUGAAGUUUAGUCGCAAAA